AUGUCUCAACAUUCUACUUCAUCUCACUUAAAAACCUCUUUUGAUGAGGAGUCAAUGGCUGCAUUCGUCUCUAAGGCUCAACCUGUGAACGCUUCGGUAGAUGAUGUGAUUACGGCUACUCCCUUAGCCAUGGUCUACCACUCUGAUAUUGCAUUAAAGAAGUCCCAUCCUUCACAUACAACAGGUUUUGCAGAACCACCCAAAGGUAACUCUUCCAACCCGGCUCUUGAUAAAAUCAAAGAGGGUAGUGGAUAUGUUAAUAGGGCUAUUAGAAAAAUGGUCUCUAGGAUUUUGAAUGAGGAAGUUCCAGUAGCUAGGAUCUUUCUUCCUCUCUCCCAAAUUGUCCCUUCUACCAAUGAUGAUAAAGUAAAACAGACCACUAAUGUUUCUAAAAAUGAUGACCCUGAAAAUAACCUUCAUAAGUUUGAUGAUUCUAUGUUGAAAACUACUGAAACUAGUGACGAUGAAGUGAUCAAGAGUGUGAAUUCUGGGAUUGCUAAAAGGCCGAGGACUAGGAAAGGUAUAAGUACGCUUGACCCAAAUUCUCCCAAAUCUAAUAAGAAGCAAGUUGUCGGACCUUCAAAGUCUUGGAGCAAAGUGAAUGUUCCUUCCAAGAAGAGAAAGAUCAUGCCAGACACUGAGUCUGAAAAUGUUGGUGAUGAUGUUCAAGAUAUUGGUGAUGAUGUUCAGAACAUCACACAUGUAAAGAAAUAUGUAACCAUGAGGUCCUUUGUGAAUGUUCUAGAUGCUCCCUUGGAUAACAUCUCUUUUCACUCUAUUAAUAGUGUCGAAGGAUGGAGAUUUAUGUAUCAAAGGAGGGUUGUCCUAGAGAGAGAAUUAGGUCAGGAUACUCUUAAAAUUAAGGAGAUCAUGGAACUAAUUUCUGAUGUUGGGUUAAUGAAAACUGUAACUCACUUUGCAAAAUUCUAUGAGGUACUGGUUAAGGAGUUUAUUGUGAAUAUCCCUGUGGAUUGUGCUGACCCUGGAAGCCAGAAUUUUAGGAAAAUCUAUGUGAGAGGUAGAUGUGUUAAUUUCUCUCCUAUUGUUAUCAACAGGUAUUUAGGAAGAAAUAAGGAAGAGGGGUGUGAUCUGGAGGUUACUGAUAAUCAGGUCUGCAAGGUGAUCACUGCUAAUCAAGUCACUACUUGGCCUAUGAGAGGCAAACUGUCUCCUGGUCAACUCAGUGUGAAAUAUGCCAUACUGCAUAGAAUAGGAAUUGCUAACUGGGUUCCCACCAAUCAUACUUCAAUAGUUGCAGUUGGGUUAGGAAAAUUUCUCUAUGCUGUGGGUACCAAAACAAAUUUAGACUAUGGUACCUAUAUUUUUUAUCAGACUAUGAGACAUGCUGCAACCAGUGCCACAAAAAUUCUUAUUGGGGUUUCUUCUCUAAUCUGUGGUGUUAUCCUCAACCAGCAUCCUGGAAUUCUGUCCAGUACUGAUAUUGCUUGUAAGAGAGAAUCUGUUUUGUCUCUCCAUGAAAAUUUAUUUGCAGGGAAACAUGUUGGCAUAUACUGA